AUGGCAUCUGAUCAUAUUGAAGACGAUGAUGCAUUCCUUUAUGGAUCAGAAGAUGAAUCUGAACAACCAGUUACGAAAAAGCGGAAGGUUGUAGAAAAUGACGAUGAUGAUGAUGAUAUUUAUGGAGAGGCAGAUAAUUCAACUCCAGAAGCAAGUAAGAAAUCAAACAAUGAAAAGGGAGAUGCAGAAGAUGAAGAAGAUGAAGAAGAUGGCGAUGAAUAUGAAGAUGAUUCGGAAUCCGAUGAUGAUAUAGAGUUUGUGAUAGGAGAAAGUGCACCUAAAGCUUCAACUUCAGCACCAACAACAACAAUUACAACCACAACCGAAGGCAAUGAAGGUGAAUCUAAUGACACAGCUGCUGGAGAUUCCACAACUACUACAACCAUAGUUUCCAAAGAUCAAGGAUCAAGCAUAGAUAUAACAAAAAUUGCAGAGUUGGACGGGAAGCCCUUAACACAAGUGGAUCUUGAGUUAUUAGCAAAUAAGCCAUGGAGAUUCCCAGGGGCUGAUAUUUCUGAUUAUUUCAACUAUGGAUUUGAUGAAUUUACAUGGACUGCUUAUUGCUGUAAACAAGACAAAUUACGUGGAGAAUUUAAUCCAAAGAAACUUAUGGCUCAACUUCUUGGAGGAAAUGGUGGAGCACCACCUGGUAAGAACAUGCCACCGAUGGGAAUGAUGCCUGGUAUGCCACCAAUGCCACCAAUGGGUAUGAUGCCUGGUAUGCCACCAAUGCCUGGAAUGCCGCCAAAUAUGCCAAAUAUGCCCAAUAUGGCAGGUAUGCCACCAAAUAUGCCAAUGCCGCCCAACUUCAUGAAUAAUAGAGGAGGACCAGUACCGAAUGGGAGACCAGGACAGGGACAACCUCAGGGUGGCCCUUCAGGCUCUAGGGGUCAUUAG